GGGCGGAGCUCUGAGUACCAGGACAUGAUUGACAUCAGGAGAAAGAGGUUAUGGUGACAUCAUUUCUGUCUAUGAUGUCAUCCCUCCUCUGGUUUUUGUUCACUUUAAGAUGAUUUAAACCACAUCUAUGAGUUGUGUCUUCUUCAGCCGACAGUGGAGUUCUUCAGCAGCGACGUGAUGAUUCAUCCAGUCACCAACAGACCUGCAGACAAACGCAGCUUCAUCCCAUCCCUGAUUGAAAAAGAGAAGGUUUCCAAACUGGUUCACGCCAUAAAAAUGGGCUGGAUCAAACCAAGACGAGUGCAGGACGACAGCAAAGACCGCUACUAUGACCUGUGGGCCAGUGAGGAUUCAUCCAUCCUGGCCAAGCACAGGAUGCACCUGCCCGCCCCCAAAGUGCCCCUCCCCGGUCACGAGGAGUCCUACAACCCCCCACCUGAGUACCUGUUCACAGAGGAGGAGAAAGCGGUUUGGGAGCAGCAAGAUCCCGAAGACAGGAAGUUGCCGUUCAUUCCCAAGAAGUUCUCCAGCCUGCGUCACGUUCCGGCAUAUUCCCGGUUCAUCCACGAGAAGUUCGAGCGCUGCCUGGACCUUUACCUGUGUCCCCGGCAGAGGAAGAUGAGGGUAACCAACUGUCUAACCCACACCUGCCCGACAGGUGAAAGCAGCGUCUCUCAACCCGACUGUCUGUGUUCAG